AUGCGAUUUUCGGUGUACCUGCACCUUGCAAAUAGUAUAAUUAGGGAGUUUCGAAUGGAUCAACCGACUAAAUUGCGAGCGUUAAGAGAAAGACUCGAUAUCAUGGAGUGUCCAGAACCACCAGCGAAAUCGAUUUCCACGCAAAAUCAGGAAAUGAGAGCGUUAAUUGGAUAUUUUUUCCUCGAUUCCACUCACACCGUCAUAAGUCAGCGGACCGGUACAAUGCCUUGGUCGCAGUUCAUAGAGUCCUGCGCCGAAAAAUUGUCGCAAGAAUGCGAAUUCCCCGCCGAUCGAUAUUUGUUAGGCCAGGUUCGGCUUCAACAUAUGCUUGAGCGAAUUGAUUCUCUCGUUAGGCGAGGUUUCAGUGAAAGCCAAGCCAGGCCCGCAGAUAUAGAAGCCAUAGUCCGUUCUCUUCAAAGUGAUGCGCAAGAGUGCAAAGCUCAUUUUCCUAUUAAUACGGCACUUGACCGUGACUUGACCAUCGGCAUACAGUCACACACGUUUGAGAUCCAUCUCCACCAAACCGUCGUUUUCGACGUAUUCCCAGCAUCCACCAUAUCCAUUGACCAAUCCGCAGCCCUAAUACGAGUCGAUGCUCUUUGCCACGGUCUCGCAGCCGCGAAACAAUGUUUAGACUGGUAUUACGAGCUACCAGUAGGCAUUGAGAAGAAAUUCAGUUACUCCCAAUGGACAAGUAUUGGAUUCUGCGUUGCAGCUUCAUGCAAACUGGUCCUAGCGUCGUUGGAGCCAACCGUUCGACAUCACGAUCAAGUAAUGGGACUGCGAGAAGCAUUGAACAUGCGCGGCGAAAUACAAAAACUUAUUCAACGCAUGAACACAAUUGACCAGGAAUGCAAAGGGGAGAAAUGGGAUCAGCACGAAAUUUUCUUUUACAAAGAGUGGCUACAGCACCUUGGUGAGUGGUUUGAGGCGCAGUAUCGACUUGCACACUCGGAUAGUGCUGGGGAGAAUAAUAAUGGGAUUGUGUUUGCGAGUGGGAUUUCUGAUAAUAAUAUUUAUGAUCCGGAUGAGCCUGAUGCUGGGUUUCCUUGGCUGAAUCUUCAAGAUGUUACGAUUGAGGAGAUGUUGAAUGCGUGGCUUGGGCCGGCGGGGAUGUACUAA